AGAACGUGUACGGUUUUGACAUGACCUGCAUCCGUAACGUGGCCAUGAGAGAGCCCCUGGUGGACGUGGUGGACCCCAAACAGGUGGUGACCAACUCCUGCCUAGUCAAGGAAGUGGACAUCUACACGGUGAAGCCGGAGGACCUGUCUUUCACCACAGCCUUCUGCCUGCAGAUCCAGAGGAACGAUUAUGUCCACGCCAUGGUCACCUACUUCAACAUCGAGUUCACCAAGUGUCAUAAGAAGACUGGCUUCUCUACCGGUUAGACCUCACCACACACACAUGGGUUGUGUUCAUUUGGCACCAAGAGUCAGAAAACAGACUGAAACAGGGAAGAACUACCUGAACUAGUCCAAUAAGAAAGACCUACUUUUAUUUUCCAUUGCAAAAAGGUUUUGUUACUAAUGAACAUACCCCACGAUAUGACCACAUUCAA